GUUAACUUUUCCAAAGUCUAGUCUAUUCCAAUUCCACAACGAGUUACCCGGAGAAAAAUUCAAGUAUAUAUAUAAUUUGCGUUUUGGUUAGCGAUAAGUCGAUACGUGCCAAAUAUGUUUAUUAAAGAUGUGACCAAUGAACUGCGAACAAAGCAACAGCCGUUGGCCCCUGGCCAAAAGGUGGCGCCAUAUGUUGCAGCAGUGACGCGCGGUCCCUAUACACUCACGAAUCCCGUCUACAGCAGCCCCAAAGUUGAAGAGGAUAGCUCCAAGAUGCAUAGCCAUACGUUUAAUGUCAAAAUCGCAGCGCCGAUCAAAAGCCACAAAUACCAUCAGCGCCUGCUGCCGUCGCCGAUGCCGAUAUGCAAGGCGAAUCGGAUCAAGUCGCGUUCCCAUUUGCUCAUGAACGAGCAGCGGGAGAUGUAUCGACAGCAUCGCGAUCGGCUUGCCAAUAUCAAGGGCAAGGUCAACAGUUGCCUGCCACCGCCCAAGGUCAAACUGAGAGAGGGCAAUUGCAUGGAGCUGUCCUAUAUGGAGAUGCUCACCGCGCUCUAUCGCAAGAGCAACAAUACGCUACGCACCUUUACCAAGUCGCCGGAUCCGCUGGCCACGGGGCGCUGGCGCAACACGAGCUUGGCCCGCGAAAAGGAGCGCAAUCAGCUGGAGAAGAAUCAUGUGCUUCAUCAAGGCGGCAAGCUCUUCGAUCCGCACUUGGGCAAAUCGCGCCGCUGCAAGCCCAAAGUGCCGCACGUGUUCAGCUAUGAGGUGCCGCUGCAUGUGCUCCACCGAUACGAGGAGCUGAUGAACAUCUGCGAUGUGGGCGUGCUCUGCAAGCUGCUGCGGCCUCAAAUUUACAUGGACUUAGAAGUGAUUGGCACCCGCAUCAUGGGUCGCCUGGCGAUUCAGCUAUUCACGGAGGCCUGUCCGCAGGUCGUGCUGGAAUUCAUGCGUGUCUGCACGCACCAAAGUUCGCGCAGCAUUUCCUUCACACGCACCUUCGCACCCAUCUGGCUGGAGGGCCAUAUUGCUCUCGAUCCCGAGCGCAGCAUUGACAUGAGCAACAUCGAGCACGACUUCGAGGUGCUCAACCAUGGUGUCGAUGCGGGCAUUCUCUCCUUUCCCAGUCGCUAUGUGCGUGGCAACAGCCGUACCGACCUCAACUUCACCAUCAGCUUCAAGCCGCUGUCCAUCAUGAAUGGCAAGCGGGUCGCCUUCGGUAAGGUGCGCAAGGGUAUGCAGCUGUUGGAGCGCAUACACGAUGCCACCGCACAUCUGGCCAAGAAACAUGAGCUGGUUGUCAUCAGGGACUGUGGCGUUCUCUGAACUCGCCACAAACCUAAUUAUGGAAUCCAAUUCGUAAAAUUUUGCAUCAGAUCUACUACGGUCUUUGGCUUCAGUGCUCAAUUUGUAUCUUAUUCAAAUGACUGUUUUUAUGACAACUAUAAAAUUGUAUGUUGACUG